AUGUCCGCGGCGGGUUCACCCGCGCGCGUCGCCGUCGGCCGAUCGUGUCGCGGUCUGAGGGCAUCGAGGAUGUCCCCUGCGAGGUGCCGCGCCGAUGCGUCAUCCUCCGGCGCGGACACGGUCACCAUCGUCGGGCGCGGAAGAGUCGGGACGACGAUCGGCAAGAUGUGCGAGUCCCUCGGCGUGCGACACGCCUUCGUGACCCGGGGAAUGGCGUCCUUUCCCCCGAGCGGACCCAUCUACGUCGCCACGCACGCGUCAGAUCUCGACGACGUCCUCGCGCUGGUCCCGACGGACCGCGCGAACGACCUUGUCCUCCUCCAGGGGGGUCUGCUGAGGGACGACUUCCUGCAGCGUCGCGGCCUCGCCGGCGUCGCGACGCAGGUGGCGCUGUACAUGAGCGCCUCGGGCGACGGGACCGCGCGCGACGGCGGCGGCGGCACGUGCGCGUGCGGCCCGCGCGCGGCGGACGUUCGCGAGCUGCUGACGCGGGGGGGGAACGUGCGGUGCGCGGUGGUGAACGAGGACGACUUUCGCGUCGCGAGCGUCGGCAAACUGUGCUGGACCUCCGCCUUCUGGCUCCUCUGCCGGUCCGUCGCCGCCGAACGAGGGCUGCCGCGGGCGUUGACGGUGGGCGAGGUCGUGGACUCGGAGCAUGGCGCCGCGGCGGUGAGGACGCUGGCGCGCGAGCUCUUGGACUGCGCGGAAGCGUCGGGAGAGUUGGACGACACAGCUGGCGACGAGGCGCGGGAGGCGAUGACGCGGGCGAUGUUCGAGUACUCGCGGUCCAUCCCGAGCGCUGUGCCGAGCCUGGAGAUGGCGCUGAAGGAGGGUGGGUUUCGGAACGGGUGGUUCCUCGCGAGGCGAACGGUGAGUUCGCCGCAGCGCACGCACGAAACGCACCUGCGGAGGAUAGGCGUGGACCCGGACGAACUCGCCGCGAUGUAUCUCGAACAAAACGCGAUCCUCGACGCCGGGUGA